AUGGACAAGCAAGCGAGGCUCAAUAAGCGUUUCAACGACAUUGUGUCGGCAAAAACCCCAAUAUCACCAAGCCAUGGCCCCCAGUUCUUAGAGGCUAUCUAUACUCACCCAAACCCUGAGGACCGUAUCGCAAGUUUGGUGUCGAAGAAAACGGGAGUAGACGCUUUGAAAGCCGCUAUCCGGUAUGAUUUAUCCCUCACGUUCAUGAACACACAUGCAUCAUUCCUUAUACGAUACCUCCAACACCCGGAACUGAAAGCAAUCAACAACGGAGAAUUUCUCGACGGGAUUCUAAUGUAUCUAGUCGACCCACCCACCUUUUGGAUGGAGUUUCGAAGGAAAUUCCUUAAAUGCGAAUUGGAUGAGGACGCCGUAUAUUCCUUUGGCUGGCUACUACACCGCCUAUGUACGAUGGCAUCCGAAGAAGCCGCUUCUUUCAGAGAAGGGUCUGACAUGGACGAAAUCAUUAAUAUCCUUCUGUCAUCACACAUCGAGAAAACCAAAUCCAUUGGAUCAAAGUUGAAGGAAGUGUUGAGCACGUCCUUGCCUAUUGUGCAUGGCAACAUUACGUCCAGCUCAGGCCCUGGUGGCCGACACAACAAUGACUUUGCGGACUUUCGCAAGAUCUCCAUUCUUCCUACUGGAGAAGAGAUGGCUUCAACGGAUGCGCCUUUUUUGAGGCCAGCAAGCGUAUUGGAGGAACUAGAGAAUGCACCUACACGUGUUGCGAUUCAUUUGGAUAACCAGUUCAGACUCCUUCGAGAAGACAUGAUUCACGAAAUGCGUGAAGAACUCCAGAUAGCCUUGGGGAAAAAGCAAGGUCGCCAUAGGGGCACAAAGAUUCAAGGCUUACGCUUGAAGGACCUGGAGCUUGGCGACGAGAAGAAACGAAUGAAAUGGAGUUUAAUUUGCGUUUGCGACCACGACUUUCCAGAGAUGAAAAGGUUGAAGAACCGAAAAGAUCGAAAAGAAUUCUUGGAUGAUAAACGUCAGUUUUUCAAGCACCAAUCGUUGGCCUGCCUCUUGGUCGGUACAGAAAUCAUUGCGUUUCCGUGCAUCUAUCGCGACGAAGAGCGUUUGGCCAAGAAUCCGCCCGAAAUAGUCCUCCAAUUCGAGGACGCGGAGAGCACUCAACAUGCUCUUCGCAGGCUCAAAAUGGGGGACAAUGUCGUGCUAAUUCAGAUAGAUACGGCCACAUUUGCGUAUGAACCCAUUCUGAAAGGACUUCAACAGACAAUCACUCUACCAUUAUCCUCCGAAAUAUUACUCUGGAAGGUGGGAAAUUGUCCCGCGGACAUUACGGAACAGAUCCCAUCUAUAGUGCAAAUCUUACGCAAUGACCCUAGUGUCAACUUGAAAAGUCUCUUAAAAACACCCAAGGAUAUUAAACUCGAUGACUCGCAGGCCAGGUCACUCAUAUCCGGCCUAACACAGAAAAUAUCCUUGAUUCAAGGACCUCCAGGAACCGGUAAAUCGUUCAUCGGAGGUUUGAUAGCAAAAUCAAUCCAUGAUUUUACGUCAAAGACUAUUCUCGUCGUCUGUUAUACAAAUCAUGCUUUGGACGACAUCUUGACCCACCUUUUAGACAUUGGCAUCCCACAGACAAGCAUGCUCCGUAUUGGUGGAAAAUCGACCUCUAGAACAGAGCCGUUGACAAUCCAACAUCAACAACGUGGGCCAAACAGGACCAGCCGUCUUGAAUGGACGGCUAUCGACGAAUUGAAAACACAGCACGCACAACUCCGGCAACGCGUCCAGUCUUCGUUUCGACGAUAUAUUUCGCAAGCGUCAUAUACAAACAUCCUUGAUUACCUCGAAAUGGAAUAUCCUGAUUACUUCGAAGCCUUCCAAAUUCCGGAUCAAGAGGAUGGGAUGUCUUUUGUUGGGGCGCAAGGGAAGGCAGCUCAACCCGACUACCUCAUCGAAAAGUGGGCCCAUGGUGAUAGGCCGGACCGGGCUUUUCUUCCUUUCAUUUCAUCUUCUCAAAGCAGAAAAAGCAUUUGGGACCUUCCCAAUGCGACUCGACAAGCCCAUUUAAAAGGCUGGCGAGAAGCCUUGCUCCAAGAGGCAAUCGAAGAUUUCGUUUUGAAUGCGAAGGAAUAUAAUCGGUGCGUCGACAGAUUAAGCAGAGCAUAUAGCACCAAUACAUCCACUCUCCUGCGAAACAAACGGAUCGUCGGUUGUACAACUACGGCGGCAGCAAAGUAUAGGGAAGAAAUUCGUACAUUCAAUCCUGAUGUCUUGUUGGUCGAAGAAGCCGGUGAAAUCUUGGAGUCGCAUGUCCUUACUGCGCUAGGACCCGAAACUUCGCAAAUGGUCUUAAUUGGAGAUCAUAAACAAUUGCGCCCCAAAGUCAAUCAUUACCUUCUUACGGUCGAAAAUGGAGAGGGUUACGAUCUCAAUCGCUCGCUGUUCGAAAGAUUGAUUCUUAAGGAAUAUCCACAUGUAACGCUUGAACAGCAACAUCGGAUGCGACCAGAAAUCUCGAAUUUUAUCAGGCAGAUGACAUAUCCGAAACUCAUCGACUCUCCAAACACACAGAACCGGCCUUGUUUACGGGGAGUUCAAGAUAAUAUCAUUUUCAUCAACCAUGAUCAUCCAGAGGACGAAAUCAGUGCGAUCGGCGAUAGAAAUGACAUGGCGUCGAAGUCCUCCAAACAAAAUUCAUUCGAGGCUUUCAUGAUCUUGAAGAUUGUGAAAUAUCUCGGUCAACAAGGAUAUGGUACAGAGAAUCUUGUCAUUCUAACACCAUAUCUUGGGCAACUUCAUAAACUUCGAAACAUCCUGAAGAAGGAUAACGACCCUAUCCUAAAUGACCUGGACAACAGUGAGCUUGUAAAAGCUGGCCUGAUCGAUCCUGCUAUGGCCAAGUUAUCCAAAAGGUCUAUCCGUCUCGCCACAAUUGAGCCAAUGACUUCGCGAUGUGUGGCUGGACACACUCUCCAUUGGGAGUGCAACAAGGGAGCUCCUGUGACAUGUUCCAAAUGUGAACGUGAAAAAAGGCUUGCCAAAAAGAAACAAGAGGAGGAGCUGACUGCACAGACGCGUCGGGAUGCAGAACAAAAGGCGCAUUUAGCCAAGAUGGACAAUUUUAACGCCCAAAUUGAAGCGGAGAGACGGAAGGCAGAAGACGCUCGCUUAUUGCAGGAGCAAGCCAAUGCCAUCAAGCAGAAGCAGAAAGACUUAGAAUCUAUCAAAGCGGCGAAUGCCAACCGUAUCCUUCCACCACCACUUUCAAUCACAGCGCAGGGCGCUCGAUUAUCUCGUGAACAAGCUAUUACUUUCCAACAGAAGGAGAGCAAUUUGGGAUCUAUUCAAACAGCCAAUGUUAACCCUGCUGUUCCGCCGCUGUCUCCAAACACUUCUAUCUUCAGUAAAUUAUUUUCUCCGUUCGCUCAGUUAGCAGCACCAAUGGCCUCCAGUGAAUCUACCCCUCCUGGAAGUGAUACAUCCAAAACAGUUCAAAACGUGGCAAACAAUCGCUUAAAGUCUACAUCGAGCGGAAAACCUUUUAAGGACCCUGGUCCGUCACCGUCGCAGAUCGAGUGGAAUCGUCAGAAAACAGUCGAGGGUGCACAAAACGACGCUAUCGACGCCAUCAUGGACAUGAUCGGGUUGGAGGCAGUCAAACAAGGAGUCCUCGACAUCAAAGCCAAAAUUGAUGUCAGCGUUCGUCAAGGUUCUUCUCUCAAACGCGAAAGGUUCAAUGCGGUCCUACUGGGCAACCCAGGAACAGGAAAAACGACUGUGGCCAGGCAUUAUGCCAAAUUUUUGGCUACCGUCAAAGCUAUCCCUGGUGAAACUUUCGAAGAAACCACGGGUGCUCGACUGGCCCAAAAUGGUGUUGGCGAAGCCACCAAACUUGUUGAAGGAGUCGUCAAAGCUGGAGGAGGAGCCAUAUUCAUCGAUGAAGCUUAUCAGCUUACAAGUGGCAACAACUUUGGGGGUGGUGCAGUCCUCGAUUUCCUGUUGGCAGAGAUGGAAAACAGGGUUGGCACCUUGGUUUUUAUCUUCGCUGGUUACAAUAAGGAAAUGGAGAAAUUUUUUGAACACAAUCCGGGCCUUAAAAGUCGCGUGCCUUAUGAGUUUCAAUUUGCCGACUACGAAGAUGCGGAACUCAUGCGUAUGCUGGAGGACUAUAUCAAGAAGGACUUUGCUGGACGCAUGAAAGUCGAAGGCGGGAUUACAGGCUUGUAUGGUCGUAUCGCGAUUCGACGUCUUGGAAGACGUCGGGGUCGCCCUGGUUUCGGUAAUGCCCGCGAUCUGCAAACAGUCCUAUCGCAUAUAAAAAAACGACAGGCGGUUCGGUUAACAAAAGAACGCCAGGAGGGCAAACAACCGGACGACUUUUUGAUGACGCGAGAAGAUCUCAUAGGUCCUGAUCCCUCUACUGCCAUCAAAGAAAGCAAGGCGUGGCUCAAGUUACAGCAGAUGAUAGGGUUGAAGUCGGUCAAGGAGUCCAUUAAAAGCCUUUUUAGUUCCAUUGAAGAGAACUAUCAGCGAGAGCUUUUGGAGAAAGGAGUGUUGGAUUUCUCUCUGAACAAGGUGUUCCUCGGACCCCCUGGUACUGGCAAGACCACAGUGGCAAAGUUGUACGGCAGCAUUCUGGCUGACAUUGGUCUCCUGAGCAACGGUGAAGUUAUUCUGAAAAACCCCUCUGACUUUGUCGGCUCAGCACUGGGACAAUCCGAGGCAAACACCAAGGCAAUUUUGGCAAACACAGUCGGUAAAGUAUUGAUUAUAGACGAGGCAUACAUGCUUUACGGAGGAGGUGGAAGUGACGAUGUGUCUUCAGGAUCAAAUCAAUACAAGACUUCAGUCAUCGACACCAUUGUCGCUGAAGUGCAGAAUGUGCCUGGCGAAGACCGCUGCGUUAUCCUUGCUGGUUACAAAGAUCAAAUGCUUGAGAUGUUCCAGAACGUGAACCCCGGAUUGUCGAGACGUUUCAAAAUCGAGGAAGCAUUCAACUUUGAGAAUUUCAACGAUGAUGAACUUCUGAAGAUUCUGGAGUUGAAGUUGAAGGAUCAAGAGCUUGAGGCCACUCCACAGGCCAAGAAAACUGCCAUAGAUCGUUUGAGCCGGAUGAGAAAUCGGCCUAACUUUGGUAAUGGAGGUGAAGUCGAAAAUAUCAUAACGGCAGCAAAAGGACGAGCGAUCGCGCGAAGGUCGAAAAUACCUCUCUCUGAAAGGCCCUCUGUCAUCACGAUUGAAGCUGAAGACAUCGACCCCGAUUGGAACAGGAGUGCCAACGCUGCAGCAGACCUCGUCAAAAUCUUCAGCGACAUUGUUGGCUGCGAAGAUAUAAUACAAAAGCUGAAGAAUUAUCAAGAAGUUGUUCAGGCGUGCCUUGCCAGGGAUAUGGAUCCUAGAGAGCUUAUCCCCACAAAUUUUGUUUUCACUGGCCCUCCCGGUACGGGGAAGACGACAGUGGCGCGCAAAAUAGGGCAAGUGUUUUAUAACAUGGGCAUUUUGGGAUCCGGGGACGUCAUCGAAUGCUCCGCUUCAGACCUUGUUGGACAAUAUGUCGGGCAAACCGGCCCCAAGACCAGAAAGCUGUUUGAAAAAGCUCUUGGAAAAGUCCUCUUUGUCGAUGAAGCGUACCGCCUAAGCGUUGGCCAUUUCGCUCAAGAGGCAAUAGACGAACUCGUUGGUCUCCUCACACACCCCGACUUCAAAAGUAAACUCAUUGUCAUCCUUGCUGGAUACGAACAAGACAUGAACCAACUCAUGUCGGUAAAUACAGGGCUAUCAAGUCGUUUCCCGGAACAGGUGGUUUUCGUGAACAUGGAUGCUGAACAAUGCUUGAAGAUUGUUAGUAACGAACUAAAGAAGAAAAAGAUUCAGACUGAUGGGUGGGACGUCGACGUAUCCUCAGAAGCCAACAUUGAAAUCAAGGAGCUCAUUCGCGACAUGGCGGAGCUUCAAGACUGGGGCAAUGCACGAGAUAUGAUUACAAUUUCCAAAGAGAUGAUCAACAAGGCAUUGGUAUCUCUCACAACUGCCGCGCCAGGUGCCAGCCCGAUGCUUUCUGGCGUCGAUGCUGUUGGUGUGAUGAAAAUUGCACUGAAGGAUCGCCAGAGAAGAUCAAAGAUACCUCCUAAACCUCGUCUCGCUCAACCCGAUUUGCAUAUGCAAGAACUCACAGCUACUCCGCCUCCACCUCCAACCCUUGCGACAAGGACGACGGCCAACACUCAAAAGGCAUCCGACAGAGGACGUGGCCGUGGCAGAGGACGAGGGCGUGGUCGCGGUGACGGAGGAGAAAGCAGGGCCAACACUAGCCAAUCACAAUCGCAUCAAACUCGUCAACAAGUGCAAAGGGACCCAGGUGUGAACGAUGCCUUAUGGAAUGAAAUGGAGGCAAUGAAGCGAAAAGCAACACGGAUCGAAAUGGAUGCGAAAAACCGGGUAAAAGAGAUGGAAAAAAAGGCGGAAGAGGCGAAAAAAGAGGCGCAACGACAAGAACAGAUGAUUGCCGACAAGCAACUGGCAGAGGCUGCGGCCAAAGAGGCAUCCGAAAGGGCCGAACUGCAACGACAAAGAGAAAAGGCGCGCCUGAAGGCGCUGGCUGCACGAGCCGAGCAAGCAAAGGCGGAAGCUGAAGCUCGUGCACGGAGAGAAGCAGAGAGGCAGCGACAGGCCAAGGAAGCAAGAGCACAGGCGAAACUGCGGGAAAUGGGAGUCUGCGUUGCUGGAUAUCAGUGGAUUAAGAUGGGUUCUGGAUAUCGCUGUAAAGGAGGAUCGCACUUUGUAUCUAAUGGCGAGCUUGGAUUAUAG